CCUUGUGUGUAUGCGUGUCAUACCGCGGCAGGGUCAAAGGUAACGGCUGAAGUUUCACUCAGUGACGGCGGCGUUUCUGUGCUGUUUGGGUGGACUAAAUUAGUCCUAGUUGAACAAAUGCUGAAGGGACGACUCGUCCUGACACAUGUACAGCACCAUGGGCGAACAGGGGUCGACUAGAACAGUGUUCAUCUGUGAGACCUUCUGGCGGCUGGUCUCUCUGGCUAUAAUUGUGGCCAUGGUUGUCGUUGGUUCUCUAUACGUCCACGACUGUCCCAUCCAGUACAUGAUCCCCGUGUACCUGAUCGUGUACGGUAUCUUCCUGCUCCUGCCCACCUUCACCGCCCGGCACAGGAGGGACGGGGAGGACCCGCCUGACGUGCUGCAGUCGCCCGGGCAGUGCUGCUUCCAGGGCAUCAUAGGCUGCUUCCUUCUCGUCUGGUUUAUCGGAGGAACAAGUUGGGUGUAUCCUGCCUUCCCUGUGGUAGACCUGACCAACACAACCAGUCCGAACUACUGCCAACCCGUCCUGUACAACUUCGCCUUCACCAUCACUACGGCCACGUGGGUGGUGGCGGGUGUAGGACUGCUCGCCUCGCUGUGUUAUCUCGGCCUCACGCUGAUCCGUGGAGACCAGAACACAUACACCGACGUAUAAACCUAUUCAUCAACACUUGUAAGAUUUAUGAAAGCUUACAACAACAACAAAAAGAACAACAACAACACGAAAACACAAUAGAAAAAUGCUAACACUUUACUUUCAACACAGUUAAACUAUAGAGACUAAAUUUUCGGUCAAUCUCCGUCGAUCUUGUUCACAGAAUGACCCUUCUAUCAGGAACACCCCCCCCUAUCGCUGCACAUGCGUACUUGGUAUGGUGAACGAGCUUAUCUUGGCUUCAUAGACGUUUCGAGCCCUGUGAUUGGCUAGGGCCUUCGAACGAUCAAAACGGACUUUGAAUUCCUAUGGGUUUACAAACUUUAACUUAAGUCAAUAUUAUGCAUGAUCUAAAAGUAUAACUUGAAAGACAAUGAAAUACUCACAAGUAACAGAAUGUUGUUCUCCAUUAGUGUACUGUAAAUGCAUUUAAGUUCGCGGAGAUUUAAUUUCGCGGUAGCGGGAAAAUGGACUUUUCGCGGUGGUUUUAAUUUCUCGGUAGCACCAUGCACUGUAUUCUCUUACUGUUAUGGAAAAAUGUUCGCAGUGGUUUUAUACUCGCGGUGAAGAGGCCGCCGCGACAACCGCGAAGAUUAAUCCACCGCGAAAGUUUCUGCAUUUACAGUAAUUCGAAUUCGUUUGAAAUACUAAUGAUAAUUCUUCGGUCGAUGGUCGUUCAACGGUCGCAAAAUCAAAGGAAAUGGCGUUUAAAUUCUUUCAGUGCUUGCCUUACGUUUGUUAUAAUUUUUGAAUCAUGUGUAUGAAGAAAAGAAUAUUACGUUACUAUUAUGGUCAGUACUAAGAUGAAGAUCCAUUACUGUUUUGAUUUGACAAUGUCAUGAUAUGAAAUGUAUUUUUUUGUGUAUUUAUGUAAAAUAAGGUAGGUUGAUCGCAACGAUGUUACAAUAUGGAAUGCUGAUUUUCUUUUCAUCUUAAUUUAUCAACACAUUUUGGUUUGCCGUAAAUUUGAGUCAGGGAAUUGAUGCAGUUUCGACAAUACAUUCGUGUAUUAAGGUGAUUUCAUGUUGGAUUCAUCCCGACUAUAUAAUAAUAUAAAAUCAUUUUCUUUUCAUUUUAAUAUGAUCACGUUUUUGUUUCAUUCACAGAAUUUUACUUAUCAUGUGAUGGAAGUGUGAAUUCGUGUCCUGAUUAAUUCUAUUUAUAUAAUCAACUUCGCAGAUUUGCGUAGUAUUGAGUCAAAGUGACUAUUAUCGAAUUUGAUGAUUCCGUUUGAGAGAUGUUAAUUCUGCUUUAUCAACAAUUGUUAUAAGAUGUGAUAUUUUGUACUCAUUUUGUCAUUCUGUGUAAUAUUAGUAGACUUUUGAUUUGCAAACGGCCAAAACAGUCAACUUAUAUGAAAUAUUCAGUAAAUAAUAGAUUAGUUACCUUGAUCAUAAUAAAAUUAGAUAUAGUUUCAACUAAGUACAAACUUCGAUCCAUUUGUUCAUAUUGUACAUAUGCAAAUACCUUCUCAUUUUGAUAUAUUGUCAUUCCUCUCUGUAUUGCAAGGGGGCGUUGUAGCAACACCAUGUGAUAGGUGUAGUGAUUUCAUAAAGAUCUUGAUUAUAAGUCUUGAUGAAUAUAGAUCACUAAGAUCAUCAAAUAUAUUUUGAAAAUAUAAGACUUGUUGUAUUAUUAUGCUUUCCUUUCUAAAUAAAUUUGGUAAUUUUUGCAAAAA